CAGGCAACUGUUCGGAUGGUGAUAAACUAUAAAAAGACCCAGAAAACUAUACUACGAGUCAAUCCUCGAGUGCCCCUAGCUGAACACUUACCAGCCAUCUGUGAGAAAUGUGAAUUUGACGUGGAGUCUACAGUUUUAUUGAGAGAUGUCCAAUCACUGGCCCCUCUGGACCUGUCCUGCUCUCUUAAUGAUUAUGCAAUCAGGGAGAUUUAUGCAAGAGACACUAGAGGACCACCUGCCUCUCCUGUGAGUCCAGCCUCACCAACACAUGCAGGAACGGUCACACCGGGGAAAGAUAAAAAUCAGAAAGAGAAAGAAAACAAAGGCCUCUUCAGCAAGUUUCGAAAAAGCAAGAAAAAAUCUGACCAGGCAACGACAGCCAGUGCCCCAGCUUCUCCUGUUCUUGUGAGCAAGCCUCGACCUCUCAGCAUGGCCUUACCUAGCUCUAACUCGUCUCCGUUCGGCUCCCCUACGCUGUCCAUCGAUGCGCCAAAGAAGAGACGUGCACCCCAGCCCCCAAUCCUUGUGUCACAGAGCUGCUCCUCGGACAUCAGUACUCGUCGGAGGAUCCAGUCUGAACCUGGUACCCAACUGGACAGAGACCAGAUGGCUGGUUUAAGUCGUGGGUCCUCAGCAGAGUCUUCACUGAAGAGAACCAAACGCAAAGCUCCUCCACCCCCAACGUCCCCUAGUGCUGUUGUCCAGGAAACAGCUUCUCUGGAUGAAAAUUUGCAAGGAGGUGCAGCUGCUAACACACUGGAGGAGAUCAUGGAGCAAGAGGAGAGUGCUGCCUCUGUAAUGUCUGCAACUGCUAGUGAAACCCAGGGAGAGGACAGCAGCCUCAACAUGUCUGUUGAUGUCUCGGUGCACUCCCCGUCCCCAGAUACUGAGAUACUGAGCACAAAGUCAGAGGAGAGAAAUGGGGAAGAUCAGACAUGUGAUCUGUCCUCAGAUGGCAAUCAACUGCAGAGUACGGUAAUUGAUGCUGCAACUCUGAGUGUUGUGAGGACGAUGGAUGACACAGGCUCAUCUGAAACGGCAGAUGCUG